AUGGCCGCCGACGGCGCGGCAGUACCGCCGCCGAUACUGAUCAGUUCCCGUCGAGAGAGAGUCCGCCAAAGAAGGGCAGCGGCGGCGGUGGCAGCUGCGGCGGCGUCUUUGGCGACGGCGGCAGCACGGCCGGUCCGCGUCGCGAUGCCUUUGCCCAGCUGUCUUUCACGACUGAGGACGCUGUUGCCGCUGCUGCUUCUUGCGGUAGUCCUGGUGCUGGCGGGAGCGAGUAGUCCGGCACAAGCGGCGGCGGAGGCGGCAGCAGCGGCCAGCUCGAGGCAGGCUGGGACCGCUGCGGGCCAGGCUGGGACUUUCUCCAGGCGAGCGACCCAUGGGUCGAGGACUUUGCUGCAGGUCCCGAGCGCCGAUGUCCUUGCGGUGAAGCUGGUGGGCAAUUCUUCCGGCACGCAAGAUGCUGCCAGCGGCGGCGGUGGCGACAGCGGCGGCGGAGAUUCCGGUGCCGCUGCCGCAGCGCCGCCACCACCGCUGCCACCGCCGCCACAGCCACCGCCACCACCACCACCACCAGAUUUAUCAUCAGGACAGUCACCGUCCACCUUGUCAGAGCCGCCGUUUGUGAUAAACCCAGAUCCGGGCGCACCGAUAGCCUUAGAUCCGCAAACGUCGGAGACAACUGGAGAGGUCGCGCGCGAUGUUGGCAACGUCAUCUCUGACCUGGCGACGGGUAUUGGUAGGGCCAUUGGGACCAUAGCCGGUGACGCUGGCGGCGGUAGCGCCGGCACGGACACAGGCGGCGGCGGCGGCGGCGGCAGCGAUGAAGCAACAGCAAAACCCAAUGUUUCCUUCGGCUUUGGCAUUAGCAACGCAAGCAGUCCCAUGACUACUAAUCCAGUUUCAGGGGUCGGGGCGCCGCCGGACGUUGUAGCCGCCGGGGGCCCUGACGGCGCCGUACUCGCGCCGACGGUCGACGGCGGAGGCCCUAUGCCUGCCGACCAGGACAACCGCGGAGCGAAUUCCAUCGUCGCUGCCGCGGGGCCGGAUGUCGGCGGUUUUGGCGGCGGCGGCGGCAGGAGCGUCCGAAGUGGCAGUAGCCGUGGCGGCGGCGGCGGCGGCGGCGCCUCUGCCACCGCGGGUUCGGAUAAUGAGCUCCAAGGGACCGACGGUUGGUUUUGUGACUGGCAACGGGGCCAUGCGGAUUGCGCGAAGGGCUACAGCUGCAUCCCAAGCGACCGCAACAACGCCGCGGAGCAAGGCACAUGUAUGGCAAACCCAGUGGGUGGGAACCCGAUUCCCCCCGAUCUGGCGGCACCGGUCGUGUUCUACCCGUUGACCAACGGCUCGCUGUCUGCUUGGCCGCCGGGAUCCGGAUCCGCGUACGACGGUUUGAUAGUACAGGGCAACGUGUACGCGGAGGACGUGAAUAGCUCAGAUGCGGACACGCAGGAGCUCUUCCCGGGCGCGAUUACAUGCGAUCAGGCCGAGAGCCGCAGGUCCGCUAGCUCCGCUCUCUUCCCCGGUGGUUGGGAGGCGUCGCACGUGCGCACACUCUCACGAGUCAAGGCUCCGUCACGCGAUCUCGCGUUCACUGAGCUUGAAACACGAAUCACGACUCCUCUCCAGCCUCGGCCUGAUCCGGCUCUUGGGCCCUACUGGUGGUACGCAACACAGGCGCCCCCGUCCACCACGGGCACGAUGAAAUGGAAUGGCUCCAGCUCCCUCAUUGCCAUUCCGGGAAUUACGUACGGUCGUACGGGCGCAUUCACCAUCAACUUUUGGAUGCGCAAGCGCGCGGAGGACACCGCCCCAGGGCCUUCAGAUGGGAGUACGGAGUACGGCAAUAACAGCGACAGUAGUAACGAUGGCAGCAACAGCAGCAGGGGUGCUUGGCAACCGCCAGUGUACGAAUAUAUGCUGACUCACGCCAACCUCCAACCGCUGAGCGUCCAGGCGUCCAGGUACACGGCCAUGGAUCGAAACCAGAUCGCAGUGUAUCUGGCGCCGCGUACGUCUCCGUUGUACGGCAUUGCACGAGCGUACGUCAAGGACUCCAAUGACGGCCGGGGAGUUGUUUAUCUGGACAGCGACGGUCAGGUGGCGGAUAACGACCAGACCAGGUUGCAGUACAGGUGGGACCAGGUUGCAGUACAGGUGGGACCAGGUUGCAGUACAGGGUACGACCCUUCUAGGGUGUGGAAUGCAAGUGCGAGGGCGGAGAUUGACGGCGGCGAUCCGCUCACCCUUGGAGGCCCCUUGCUGCUGUGCGGGCGGUACGGAGGGCCGUACAGCAGGGCGUACGGCGGUCAGUUGGCCAACUUGGCCGUGUUUGACGCAGUGCUAGAUGCGACGGAUGUGGCGACGUUGUACGACAUGGUUCGGGACCAGGAUGCCGUACCGUCGCCAGUGCUGCCGAUCCGACGGCACCCCUGGUACGGCAGCACGUUGCUGACGCCGCCGGAGUGGCUCACGGCGGAUGAAUCGGACUCACGUCUAGCGAAUGAGUACGGCACAUUGACGGGGUCACCGCCGUCAGCAACAACGCCGCCGCUGCCGCCGGCUCCGCCUCCUUUUGCGGAGGCGGCGACGGCACCUGGCGGCGCCGCCAGCCCUGACACGUCAUCGUCGUCCGCCGCCACCGCCGCCGCUACGAACGCCAGCAGAUCGGCGUUUGCGGAGGCCCUGACGGAGGCGUUGGUGGCGGCGCUGACCGGGGUGUCGUACAAGCGGAACGCCGGCAUGCCGUGCAGCUUGGAUCUCCGGCGAGAGGCGGGGCUGGCGUUCUGCGACUCAGGGCUGGUCUGCGCCGCCAUUCCGUCCCGGAUUCGCACUGACCCUAUGGACGCCUGGAUGCGGGUCACGGGCGGUAGCGGCAGUAGCAGCCGCAGCGGCAACGGGAACGGCAGUAAUACGACAACCCGUAUCUACACCCCGGCUGCCGCCGCCGCCGCCAUCGACGCCGCCGCGUCCGCUACUGCCCUCCUCGGCAUCUGCACGCCGCCGGCAUCUGGAAUGCUACUGCCGAGCUCUUGGCCCGCCGAUUGGCCGGCGCCCGCCGCACACUUCCCACUGACCCGUGGGUCACUCCGCUCCUGGCCGGCGGGCGCGUACGGCGGUCGGUUGGUCAACGCCACGUGGGGUCCAGAUGCGCGUUUCGGACAGGUCAUCCAGUGCGAUCGCGCGUCACGGAGUCGUGUCGUACUGGAUGCCGUACCGUACGGCACACGGGGCCCAAUGGCUAUCAAUUUGUGGGUACGGACGAGCCGGGAGGAUUUGACGCCGCAGGGAGCUGACUCAGCGGGACUGCAGUACGUGUUUUCCCACAUAGCUGGAGGAACCUUCAAGAGCUUUGGGCCCAACCAGAUUCACAUGUUCAUUCCUGAGGUCGGCAGUCCCUUGUACGGCGUUUCCGUACGUGGCAUGCUCCGUGACGGCGAUGACGUCAACCUUGGUCGUACCAGCGAAGUCUAUCUGGACAGUGACGGAGCGGUGGGAAACGACCGGCCCAAGCGCUGGGUACACCCGCACAGCUCCCCUUAG